CGGCAGCGGCGCGGGGGCGGGGCUUUGCGGACGCACGCACGUCGAGGCGCUGCUGCCCAGAGCUGCGGAGUCUGCGGGCUUGGUCUCGAGCGGCUGCUGUGGCGGCGGCUCGGCCUGCGGCCAGAGGUCAGAGAGAAAUCCAGGCACUCAGUUGACCUGUCCUUUCUGCCACCAUGGGGGAGCUUUUCCGGAGUGAGGAGAUGACGCUGGCCCAGCUUUUUCUACAAUCAGAAGCUGCUUAUUGUUGUGUUAGUGAAUUAGGAGAACUCGGAAAAGUUCAGUUUCGUGAUUUAAAUCCAGAUGUGAAUGUUUUCCAGCGGAAAUUUGUGAAUGAAGUUAGAAGAUGUGAAGAAAUGGAUCGAAAGCUUCGAUUUGUUGAGAAAGAGAUAAGAAAAGCUAAUAUCCCAAUUAUGGACACUGGCGAAAACCCAGAGGUGCCCUUCCCCCGGGACAUGAUUGACUUAGAGGCCAAUUUCGAGAAGAUUGAAAAUGAACUGAAGGAAAUCAACACAAACCAGGAAGCUCUGAAGAGAAACUUCUUGGAACUGACUGAAUUAAAAUUUAUACUUCGCAAAACUCAGCAGUUUUUCGAUGAGGCUGAAUUGCAUCAUCAGCAGAUGGCGGAUCCAGACCUGUUGGAAGAGUCUUCGUCCCUCUUGGAACCAAGUGAGAUGGGAAGAGGCACGCCUUUAAGACUUGGCUUCGUGGCUGGUGUGAUUAACCGGGAGCGCAUCCCUACUUUUGAGCGCAUGCUUUGGCGGGUGUGCCGGGGGAAUGUGUUCCUGCGGCAAGCUGAAAUCGAGAACCCCCUGGAGGAUCCUGUGACUGGCGACUACGUGCACAAGUCUGUAUUCAUCAUUUUCUUCCAAGGAGAUCAGCUGAAAAACAGAGUCAAGAAAAUCUGUGAAGGGUUCCGGGCCUCACUCUAUCCCUGCCCUGAGACGCCACAGGAGAGGAAGGAAAUGGCUUCUGGAGUUAACACCAGGAUUGACGAUCUCCAAAUGGUUCUGAAUCAAACGGAGGAUCACCGCCAAAGGGUUCUGCAGGCAGCUGCUAAGAACAUCCGUGUCUGGUUUAUCAAAGUGCGGAAGAUGAAGGCUAUCUACCACACUUUGAACCUGUGCAACAUAGAUGUGACCCAAAAGUGCCUGAUUGCGGAGGUCUGGUGCCCUGUCACUGACCUUGACUCCAUCCAGUUUGCACUCAGAAGGGGCACGGAACACAGUGGUUCCACCGUGCCCUCCAUUUUGAACAGGAUGCAGACAAACCAGACUCCCCCAACCUAUAACAAAACCAACAAGUUUACAUGUGGCUUUCAGAACAUAGUGGAUGCUUACGGAAUUGGAACUUACCGAGAGAUAAAUCCAGCUCCAUAUACCAUCAUCACUUUCCCCUUCUUAUUUGCUGUGAUGUUUGGGGACUUUGGCCAUGGCAUUUUGAUGACCCUUUUUGCUGUGUGGAUGGUGUUAAGGGAGAGCCGGAUCCUCUCCCAGAAGAAUGAGAAUGAGAUGUUUAGCACUGUGUUCAGCGGCCGGUACAUUAUUCUGUUGAUGGGUGUGUUCUCCAUCUACACUGGUCUCAUCUACAAUGACUGCUUUUCCAAGUCUCUUAAUAUCUUCGGGUCUUCUUGGAGUGUACGGCCGAUGUUCACUAUAUAUAAUUGGACGGAGGACACACUUCGGGGGAACCCUGUCCUCCAGCUGAACCCAGCUGUUGAUGGAGUUUUUGGUGGACCAUAUCCUUUUGGCAUCGAUCCAAUUUGGAACAUUGCUACCAAUAAACUGACCUUCCUCAACUCCUUUAAGAUGAAGAUGUCUGUUAUCCUUGGUAUCAUCCACAUGCUGUUUGGAGUCAGCCUGAGCCUUUUCAACCAUACCUAUUUCAAGAAGCCCCUGAAUAUCUACUUUGGAUUCAUUCCGGAAGUAAUCUUCAUGACCUCUUUGUUUGGCUACUUGGUUAUCCUUAUUUUUUACAAGUGGACGGCCUAUGAUGCUUACACAUCUGAGAAAGCACCGAGCCUUCUGAUCCAUUUCAUAAACAUGUUCCUGUUUUCCUACGGGGACUCUGGUAACUCGAUGCUGUAUUCUGGACAGAAAGGAAUUCAGUGUUUCCUGGUAGUGGUGGCACUACUGUGUGUACCUUGGAUGCUACUGUUUAAACCACUCGUCCUUCGCCGUCAGUAUUUGAGGAGGAAGCAUUUGGGAACUCUCAACUUUGGUGGGAUCAGGGUGGGCAACGGACCGACAGAGGAGGAUGCUGAGAUUAUUCAGCAUGACCAGCUCUCCACCCAUUCAGAGGACGCAGAGGAGCCGACCGAGGACGAAGUGUUUGACUUUGGGGACACCAUGGUCCACCAGGCCAUCCACACCAUCGAGUACUGCCUGGGCUGCAUCUCCAACACCGCCUCCUACCUGCGGCUCUGGGCCCUCAGCCUCGCUCAUGCACAGCUGUCUGAGGUGCUUUGGACCAUGGUGAUCCACAUCGGCCUGAGCGUGAAGAGCUUAGCAGGGGGGUUGGCGCUGUUCUUCAUCUUCGCCGCCUUCGCCACCCUGACCGUGGCCAUCCUCCUGAUCAUGGAGGGCCUCUCAGCCUUUCUCCAUGCACUGCGCUUACACUGGGUCGAGUUCCAGAAUAAAUUCUACAGCGGGACCGGUUUCAAGUUCUUGCCCUUCUCCUUCGAGCACAUUCGGGAAGGGAAAUUUGACGAGUGAGCCACUUGGGGCCUAUGCGUCUGGCUGCCCCCGGCACUCCCUCCACAGUGAUUAGCUGUGCUCCGCUUGCCUGUUGGUUGUGAUUCCUGGGUAUCAGGGCAUUUGUGUCAUCCCUGCCACCCUUCCCCCAGCCGCCUGUGAGUUGUUUAGACCUAGCGCUCCCUGGGUCCCCGUCACCCCAGCUUUGUGUGUUGUAGUGUAGUGAUUUUCUCUAGAGAGAAGCUGGGCUCUGGCCGUCACUCACACCCACUGGGCACCAGCCUUGCCUUCCUGGCCUCCAUCCAACCCUUUCCCUGCCCCCUGGUGGUAAACCAAUUUGUGCAUUCACACAGGAGCCCAAGGCCCUUGGAAGGAGUGCCCUCACCGUCCACACCCAGACUUUGAGCCCCCUGCUCCUGCUGCUCUUGUUACUGGUUGGGGCCGGGGGUGCCCUAUAACACUCCUCACUCUUGGGUUAGCAGGAGUGGGUCCAGGAAGAUGGUAUUUCUGUCCUUGGUCAUUCCCCACCACCCCACUACCCCUGCCCUCUGGUCUUCAUCUUGCUUGUUAAUCAGAAGUUCAGCUGGACCCAACUGUGCCAGGGGGCAGGGCUUCUCCCCAGCAGCCCCAAGGGUCCCAGGAUAUGCAACACCACAUUCCUAACCCCCACCUACCCCAUACUCCUCCUCCCUCCCAGAAUCCCCUUCCUUUUCCCCUCCCCUUUUCACACCCAGCUAAACACACAGCUGGGAGUGACCCAAAACAGGUUUUGGUUGGCUGCUUCUCAGGCCAUGCAUGGGCCUUGCCACAAGCACAUUCUCUGGGCAGAGGGUCCAAAUGGAUGCUCUUUCCUGGUGUAGACCCUGAGACCUUUCCCCAUCCCCAAUCAUGAGUCUUGAGUGCAGAGCUGUAGUCAACGAGGAUGGUUCUGCCAGCAGCCCUGGCUGCUUGAGCUAAAUUAAUCCUUGCACCUUCAGUGGUCAAGAGAACCCCCUAAAUUGGCCGGCCCUGCCUGCUUCCCCUUCAGAACCUCCUCCCGCCCCCCCCCACCCCCUGCCCCCUGCCCCAGGCUUGUCUUACAAAGCUGCUUAGAGCUCACUGGACUCCCCUAGGCUGGGCUGCCCUGGGCGCGGCCUGCGCCCAGCUUCACUGGCCAGUGUGACCUGACCCAGACCUUAUGAAGAGCCCCCUCCCAUCCGGUCCCUGUGGUUUACAUGAUGAUCUUUGCUCUGUUUACAGCGGGGUCUGAAGCAGAGUUCUUUGUCAGAAAUCCUACCCAGGGCCCUUCUGUUCAGACAUUCCUUUGCUGAAUAAAGUGUGUUCAGACUACCAGG